GAGGAGGCAACAACAGAACAACGAUGUGACACCUCUCUUUAAAAUAAAGCUUUAAGUUCGUGCGCCUGCGCAACAUUUCGGGGCUUGGAGAGUAACUGAAGGCUUUUUGGAGACCACCAUUGAUACGAGGAUUGCUCUGCAAAGAAAAAAUAACUAUUACUCAAGCCCAUUGAAAUUAUUACAAGAUGCCGCUUGCCUAAUUAUCGUGAACUUGCGUUGGAACAAAUUACAACACAUUAUUGAACGGGUUGCAAUGGAGCCAACGAUUUCCUCCGUACACAAACAAAACCGAGGCUUCUGUUUUUAAGGUGGAUAUUUAAGCUAGCAGCUACCUAGCCAGUCUACAUUGGAGUUAGUCUCUUUGUAAACACUGCGUCAGUUGUGCUAGCUAGCUAACUACCAUAACAAAGAAACAUGGGACUCGUAUAUUGUUGAAAGGAGGCAGACUCCUUUCCAUACGUUAGCUAAACAUGCGAGAAGAACAUCGUUCUUUCUCAGGAAGGCAGCCCAUGGCAAUCGAAAGACGAGGUGAACUUUCCAGCUGUGCCGACUUCACGGAGGAGAAAGGGACAUCCGAGAGAGAUCUGCAACCCUGCAACGCUUUUUCAUUUUACCUCAAAAUAAAACGCUGAGGUUCUGGAGCGAUGGAAACCGUGGGGAAAUUCGAGUUUAGCAGGAAGGAUUUGAUAGGACACGGUGCAUUUGCGGUGGUGUUCAAAGGCAGGAAUAGAGAGAAACACGACUGGGAGGUGGCCGUGAAAUGCAUAAACAAGAAGAACUUGGCAAAGUCUCAGACCCUUUUGGGGAAAGAGAUCAAAAUUCUCAAGGAACUAAAACAUGAAAACAUUGUUGCAUUACAUGACUUUCAGGAAACGGCCAGUUCUGUGUACCUGGUCAUGGAGUACUGCAAUGGUGGGGACCUGGCGGACUAUCUACACUCCAAAGGCACCCUGAGUGAGGACACUAUCCGAGUGUUCCUGCAGCAGAUAGCCGGGGCCAUGAGGGUGCUGCAGGCCAAGGGGAUCAUUCACAGAGACCUCAAACCACAGAACAUUCUGCUCUCCUACCCCGCAGGACGCAAGUCCCACUCUACCAACACCUGCAUCAAGAUAGCUGACUUUGGGUUUGCACGGUACCUUCAGAACAACAUGAUGGCUGCUACUCUGUGUGGGUCCCCUAUGUACAUGGCACCUGAAGUCAUCAUGUCUCAGAACUAUGAUGCCAAGGCUGACCUGUGGAGCAUAGGAACCAUUUUGUUCCAGUGUCUGACAGGGAAAGCCCCGUUUCAGGCUAGCAGUCCCCAGGACCUCCGGCUAUUUUAUGAGAAAAACAAGAACCUCAGUCCCAAUAUCCCCAGAGAGACCUCCUGUCCCCUGAGGCUUCUGCUGCUGGGUCUUCUGCAGCGAAACCACAAGGACCGCAUGGACUUUGAGGAGUUCUUCCGUCACCCCUUCCUGGAGGCGAGCUCGUCCAUGAAGAAAACAACUCCUGCUGUGACCAUGACAUGCUUUCCCAGCUCCGCUUCAGCCAGCUCCUGUAGCAGCUCUUCCACCUCACACCUGGCCUCCCCACCGCAGUCCCUGGCUGAGGUCCAGCAGGUCCGUACUAAGACAGUCGCUUCUCCUACCCAGGAUUCCCAUGGCUUCCUCCUCAAGGACUCGUCUGGAGGGGGCUGCAGCAGUAAGAACUCCUCCUGUGACACAGACGACUUUGUCAUGGUGCCCGCCCACUUUCCCAGUGAGCUCACCUGUGAGGGGCCUACUGGAAAGGUGUUCCACGACAGUCUGAUGAACAGCGGCUCUCUGCUAGCCUUUGGUGGCCUGGGCAGUCAGGGCAAGACCCCACCCCACUCCCCCUCCUACAGUGGCUGCCCCAAUCCUAAUGGGAUGGUUAAACUCUGUCGGCAACGUAACUGUGGUAACUAUGGUCAGUCGGUGCCCAUUCCAGUUCCCACUCAGGUCCAAAACUACCAGCGUAUGGAGCAGAAGCUCCAUUCUCCCAGCCAGGACGGCUCCCCACGGCUGUCCACCCCAGUGCGUCGCUGUAGCAGCAAUAGUUCACUGGGAUUUGGAAGGACUGGCCCAUCUCUGCCUUACCCAGGAGGCCACGGGGCCUUGGCUGGCCUCCGCAGGCUGUCUGUAGGAGGGGCCAGACCCUUCCAGCUUUCACCUCAAGUGGGUACCAUCCCUGAGCUGCCAGGGCCGGUGCGCCCGUUGGGCACAGACACCGGUAGUGGGGGGUCGCAGGACGGAGCUCUCCAGUUCCUCGACAUGCGGCCUCCCGCUCAGCAGCAAGGCCUGGUCACCCGGCUUCACAGCGCCCCAUGUCUCCUCGAGGCUGCUAGCAGGGGCGGCAGGCAAAAUAUCAGGAAGCAGCACUCUGACCCAGUGGUGGCCAACCACCAGGCAGGCAUGGUGACUAUGCGGCCCCUGCACUCCUCCCCCAGGCUGAGUGAACUCAUGCAGCGCAGCCCCCUCCCCACCAUUCUAGGAUCUCCCUCCAGAGCCAUCCCACCCUUUGAGUUUCCAAAACCUCCCAGCACCCCCAACCUGGUGACCUUCCUGGCCCAGCAGGGCCUGGUUCUGGCCCCGCCUGGCAGCAGGACUGCCUCAGACCACAGGGACCCAGGACAGCCGCCCGCUGGGCAGCUUGGUCAAUACAGCCACAGGACCGCAGAGGACAACAAGAGCUUUGGCAGGUCUCAGAGUGCAAGUCGUCUGUCUGACAUGUUGCUGAUGGCUGCAUUUGGAGGGCCGCUGGGGGAGCGGGGGAGCAGUGAGAACCUCUGCUCUAACAGAGGAGCCAUAGACAUCACAGCACCCUCUGGUGAUGGUGCCAUGGCUGCAGGCUCAGCCAGCCCAGCCCAGGUGGUGUUCACUGUGGGCUCCCCGCCCAACAGCAGCACCCUACCACGCACCUCCAGGACCAGGCAGUACUCAGCAGGCUCCUCCAGCUCUAUCAGUCCAGUGGGGUCCUUUACCAGCCGAUAUCAGACAGGCACCUAUCUGGAAGGCUUCGAGGAUCCCUCCAGUCCACGCUACAGCUUCACGGACCCCAUCACGGCCAACAUGGGGGGACCGGUCACCUUCCUGGCCCCUGAGCUGCCAGAGGAGACACUGAUGGCGCAGGAGCACACAGAGACCCUGAGGAGCCUUCACUUCACCCUGGACUUUGCCUGCUGUCUGAUGGAGGUGGCGGGAAUCAGGGGGACUGGGGCUGGGGCUGUGGCGGAGCAAGGGGACACCUCCCCACCCUCCCUCCUGCAGCAGCAGAGCCUGGUGGCAGACCAGAUCAGCUCCCUCAGCCGGGAGUGGAGCUAUGCGGAGCAGCUGGUGUUGUACAUGAAGACUGCAGAGCUCCUGUCGUCUGCCUUACACACAGCCAUGGAGUGCAUCAAACAGGGCAAACUGUACCCCACUGCUACUGUCAAACAAGUGGUGAAGAGACUGAACAAGCUUUUCAAGUCCAGCGUGUCGUCCUGCCUCUCCCUCAACGCCCGGCUGGAGCGCUUCUUCUCUAGGAAGCACCGUCUCAUGGACCACAUUAACACUAUCACCGCCGAGAGGCUGCUGUUCAGCCACACCGUUCAGAUGGUGCAGGCUGCUGCUCUGGAUGAGAUGUUCCACCAGGGAGAGGCGUCGGUGCAGCGCUACCACAAGGCCCUGCUGCUGAUGGAGGGCCUGUCCCUGCUCCUCACCGAGCACGAAGACAUCCUCACCGUUACCAAAUGUAAGGAGUGCAUCGAGCGUCGCCUCACAGCACUACAGUCAGGGCUCUGCAUCUGAGGACUCUGCUCAGCACCCGUGGAUGCUGCUAAACUAUGAUGUCAGUCAUUCUGGACAGACACCACCAUGCCCAUUCAAUCUGACCCCCUCCCUACCAGCUCAGUAUCCUCCCUCCACCCUCUAGUUUCCAUGGAGAUACCAGCCAGUGGGGGGGGGUUGUUACGGAGGGCCUGGACUGGGUAUGCUUGGGACUGGUGACGCUGGUCUCUCAUACUCACAGUGGAGCCUGUGACCGCCUGGUUGAUGUUGGAGGGCUUGUGAGAAGGCCACUACACACUCCUCCAUGUGUCAGACAGGACCCCACUACACGGACUGAGUGUGUUAGCUAUUCAUUUCUGUGCAGUGUUCCAUACACACAGCCUCUUACCGUCAGUAACGCUGCCCUGAGCAAUCACAGCAAAGCGGUCUGCCGGAGGAUUCUACUGCAGUCACAGACACGCUCCAUUUGAUUCUGUCAAUAAUUCAGCGCUAAGCAAUCACAAAUAGACCCUCACUCCUCUUAAGACAUGAGGUAUCACUCUAAGAAGCCACUCUGUGUAAAAAAAUAUGAAUCUCAACCCCUACGCGGGGCAUUGUGCUAUUUUUAGUUUGGCUUGUAAUGGUGAUUUGUGGACAAUAGUAUAGUGUGAUAUUACAGCGAGUAGGCUUCACUUGUCUGUUUGCCUCUUUUUGGUUUCUUUGAUGGUUUACAUUGAUUUAGAUUUUAUUUGUCGUUUUCAAGGAAACCAGAAGAGUUUAAGAGCGUUAACACAAUUGUAUGGCCUGUUACAGCCCACAGGCCUGUGUGUGGAGAAAUAAAAUGUGUGUUGUUAUUGACCCAGCUUAAUGUACAUUCCUGUGAUAGAACCAUAUAAAGGUGCUGUUACAGAAGUAUUGUACUUUAUUCAUCCCUGUCUGUGAUAAUUUGUUGAUGCUAAGUUAGCUGUAUUAAGAAUGACAAUGUUGCCCUUUUGGACCCAGCAGAUAGAUUUUUUUGACCAUAAACAGGAGAAUGUAGAGAGGAUUGCUGUAUGUGCCACUUCUGGGCCUUGACAGGAAAUGGACCUCACUGCGCAUUUCCUUUUGACCAAAGUGUUUGAUAUGGCUGCCAUGGUGGAAGAACAGCUGGAACUGCAUAAACCCCAUUGAGCUUUUUAGUCUGAGUGCUUGAGAUGGAUCAUCUUAUUAAUAUUUCCUGAAGUUUGUAGCAAAUAUUGUUAUUUUAUCCAGUAUAGGCCAGGAAUAGCACUUUGUAGACCAAUCAGACAAAUGAAUAUUGCCCAAAUUGAAAAAUAAACCAAUUUGCACUGAUCUCUGACCAGACACGUGAGAUUUAGUUGAGAUUUAUUUAUUGCGUAUUUUCCCAUUCAAACGUCUUAUCGGAGUACAGCAAUCACAAUCAGUUUGUAAGACACGUUGGCAGUAGAGUAGCAGCCCCUGUGACUGGACUACACCAGUGAUUGAUUACUGGUGUUAUAGCACUGUGUUGAGGUUUAUCAGUACUGUACAGAAAGAAGAGUGAAGGUGACUUAUAAGAUGUACAUGAAACAUUAUAUGUUCAGUUUUUCAUGUACAUAAUUAGGAGAGAUUUCAGUUUAUAUAGAAUCAUUUCUAUGGGUUUUAUUGUAGUUUUAGGCGGUUUUGUUUUAGGUUUAUUCAUAGUCAAUGUAUGAUGGGUGUCUGAAUCUUGACAGGGAAGUGUCAUAAGCUAUUACAUUUUGAAAGGUGCCUUUGAGAAGAAGACCCCCCCCCUAAAAAAACCUCUACAUUUGUACACUGAAAAAAUAUUUGUUGUAUUGAGUGUGUUUGUUUCCUUUCACAGUAGCCAAAAUGAGGACUGAUACUUGGAGUUUAUCGAAUUGUAGUGUAUCGGUUGUUAAAUGGAUAUUUGCUGGAAAGAGUUUUGUUUGAGGUGGGUGGCUGUUUCCCUAACCACAGCUCUAGGGCCACAUCAUUGUAACCCCGGCAAUAACAAUUUGUGUUUAGAUAAAACAUCUGACAAUAUCUCUGACGGUGCAAUGGACCAGUGGUUAGAAGCGACUUCUACCCACUCCAAGAAGCUUGCAUGUUCCAUGUAUGCAUUUGUGUGAAACAGUGUUUGUGAAAGAGUGAAGAGCUUUUAUAUUUCCUCACUACAGGGAACUAACAGAAACGAGAGCAGUCCUGCAGCUCUGUUGCAUAUCGAGCAAUGGAUCCUACCUGACCGCCUUGUUCGUCAUGGGUAGAGCAGUAUGAGGAAGGGAGCAUUUUCCCCUGUGAAGAUUGUCUGAAUAUGUUGGUUUCCCCAUAGAUGCUUUCUUGCCUUUUCCUUUCACCAGUCAGUAAAAAGUAUAUUUUUUUCUUACUCUGAAAUGUUUCAUUUGCAUAAAGCGUAUGUCAAUGCAUUAAUGUCUAGUUUAUAUGAUACACAUUCCAGAUGAUUGUCAUGUCUCGGGACCCAUAUGCUUCUUGUCACCCAGUGUGAUUCCUACGGAUCAGCUAGAGUAAAGUGGGAAAUGUUCAACGAGUGGCUGGUAGCAAGGCAAUGGCAGACCUUUAAGCUUUUUAUGCAUGUGUCACUUUUUUGUUUUGUUUCUUACAAUUAGUAGCCUAAAGCCACAUAAAUGUCAAAUAAAUCACUCUGUAGAAGAAUUACAACUUAGAAGGUGGUUAAUUGAAAAGCCCAUGACGUAAAAGCUUGAUCUGCAUGCCAAUGCUUAGGUGACACUAAAAAUACAUGCCCACUUCCAUAAGGGAUAUCACUGAAAAUACAAAGUUUUGCCAUACAACUUGAGAGGUUUGCAGUUGUGCUUCUAUGCUUUAUAAAUGCAGUAUGCCUGCAAGUUUGUUCCACACUGCUAAUUUACCUUACUAUCUCAGACUCUGUAUCACUUAUAAAUAAUGAUUAUAAAGUACGUUAUUGCUCUGAAUGCGUUUAUAUUACAAAGCAUGGAUAGAAUCCCCCCCCCCCCCCACACACACACACCUUUCAAAACAUCUUUCAAAACAAUAGUAUUAGAACAAUCCCUACAGUAAAUUCUAGAUUUUAGUCAGUUACAGUGAGCUCCAAAAUGAUUGGGGUUGUGACACUUUUUUGACUGUGCUCCAGCACUUUGGAUUUGAAAUUAUACAAUGACUACAAGGUUAAAGUGCAGACUGUCAGCUUUAAUUUGAGGGUAUUUUCAUCUAUAUCGUGUGAAUGAACUGUUUAGAAAUUACAGCACUUUUUGUACAUAGUUCCCCCAUUUUAGAGUACCAAAAGUAUUGUCACAGGAGGCUGCUGAGGGGAGAACGACUCAUAAUAAUAUCCGAAACAGAGCAAAUGGAAUGGCAUCAAACACAUGGAAACCAUGGAAACCAUGUGUUUAAUGUAUUUGAUACCAGUCCACUAAUUCCGCUCCAGUCCAUUCUCCCCAAUGAAGGUGCCACAUAUACAUAUAUUAAAGUAGUCAAAUGUUUUGAUAUUUGCUCCCAUAUUCCUAGUACACCGGGAUUACGUCAAGUGUGUGAGUCUACAAACUUGUUGGAUGCAUUUGCUGUUUGUUUUGGUUGCGUUUCAGAUUAUUUUGUGCCUGAUAGAAAUGGUAUUGUCAUUUUGGAGUCACUUUUAUUGUAAAUAAGAAUAGAAUAUGUUCUGAACACUUCUACAUUCAUAUGGAUGCUACUAUGAUUAUGAAUACUCCUGAAUAAUGAUGAGUGGGAAAGUUACAGAAGCACAAAUAUCAAAUAAAAGUCACUCAAAUUACACAAUACAUAAUUUACCAUUAAUUUCUAUUGGGCACAAAAUAAUCAAACAACAAAUGCACACGUUUGUAGAGUCACAAGCUUGAUGUAGUCACUGCGUUCUAGGAAUAUGGGACCAAAUACUACACUUUUGACUACUUUAAUACACAUAAGUCAAUUUGUCCCAAUACUUUUGGUCCCCUAAAAUGGGGAGACAAUGUACAAAAAGUGCUGUAAUUUCUAAUACCCUCAAAUGGAAGCUGACAGUCUGCACUUUAACCUCCAGUCAUUGUAUCAUUUCAAAUCCAAAGUUCUGGAGAACAGAGCCAAAACAACAACAGUGUCACUGUACUUUUGGAGCUCACUGUAUAUCUCUGACUGUUGUACACUUACGGCUGUAAAAGAUUUUUUUUAAACUAUACACAUUUAAAUGUCUGUGUGAUGUAUAAUUUUUUGGUUUAAAAUAAUAAAUUUGUGCAAGAAA